UCUCCCGCUAGUCACUGGUGAGGACGGAUGUAGGCUCCUCUCUACCAACUCCAUUUGAUUACACACUAUUUACACCCCUGUAUAAAGAAGGAGACAUGAUGGAAAGGUGACUAAGAUAAAAGCAGCGGACAGCCCAGAGCACUGCUGCACUACUGGCAGUGCCAGGACCCCCCACCCACUUUUGCAGUGCCAUCACCCAUUCUUGCAGUUCCACCACCUAAUUUUGGCAGUAGCACCACCUAAUCCAUCAGUGCCACCACCCACUCCAGCAGUACCACCACCCACUACAGCAGUACCACCACCCACUUCAGCAGUACCACCACCCACUCCAGCAGUACCACUACCCCAACUACAAAUGUGACCACCAACCUCAAAAAAUUAUGAUCCAAAUUACCAAUAUUCCAUUGUCCUCCUUUUGAUAAAUACCUGUAAAUGAUUAUCCAGGAUCAGCUUUGAGUUUACAUUCCAGCUCAGCACAGCGAGGUUAGACAAUGUUUCCAAACGUUGGUUAUGUAACAGGUCGGCUCAGGGAAGCUAGGAAUGUAACAUGUCGACUGCGAGAAGUUGGGCGGAUCCGUGUGAAAACAGUCGAGGAAGUAUCCGAGCCACUUCGAGAACCAGGCAUUAUCACUGGGUACAGACAUGAGAACUGCUCAGUUAUCCAGGCUGUUGCUUCACUUUUCAAUGCCACAAAUGAGACUGUCAACUUUUGGACGCACUUUCUUGCCAGUGUUUACUUCACUUGGCUCCUUGUAUCUCUUUCAACUAUAAUGCCACUGUUUGAGGACCCUUAUCUCUUACCCCUCACUUGUUACAUGAUUGCUGCCUGUUGCUACCCACUCAUGAGCUGCCUAGCACAUGCCUUCUCUUGUUUGUCGCUCACAGCCACUCAUAUAUGUUUCUUCAUUGAUUACCUUGCUAUUUCCAUGUAUAGUUGGGCUGUAGCAUAUCUAUAUUACAGUUACUGUUUCCCUCCACAACUUAUGAACACUUGGUUUUCACAUAUCUACCUUCCGGUAGCUGCCGUGAAUGCUAUCCUGGCCACUCUGUGUGCGAGUUUGUCCCGGUUUAUUCACCAGCCAGCAUUCCAAAAAAUAUUGCGUGUUGCAGCCUUUGUAGAGCCCUUUGUGUGGGAUUCCUUCCCUCUUGUUCUUUGGCUUUACUCUUGUGAUACUAGUUCCGAUUCUUGUGGUGAAUCUCGUAUAUAUCACCUAAAUCAAUUUUUCUGUGUUAUCACUGCAUCUUUUUUCUAUGGAUCUCACUUUCCCGAGCGACUUGCACCUGGAUGCUUUGACUAUGUGGGACAUUCACAUAACAUAUUGCAUGUUUUUAGUAUAAUGGGCACAAAUGAGCAAAUGCGUGCUGUUCUAAUUGAUUUAAAAAAACGAAGGUCUUAUUUAGAAUUUGUCAAUUGGCUUCCCACACCCAAAUGGGCUAUGCAGGCAACACCUUCUUUGUUAAUGUGCAAUAUUUUGCUGGUUUUGGUUCUUACUUAUUUCCUCUCCAAACACAUGCGAUCCACACGUCACAGUUGUACACAGAAUACUUCCUGUCAACCAAUGGUUGCUGCAACAGCACCACCUCCUAAUGACCAUGCCAAAGAACAGUGACAUUUAGACACUUCAAAUACUGUACUUGCACUUUUGGGACCAUUUUCAUUCCUCUCAUUUCAGUACUGACCCAGAUGGCCUCUUCAUGGCUCUUUUGGUGUGUAAUAAGGGUUUGCUGUAAAGCAUAUUGGCAGUACCAAAAUAAUGUAGUGGCCACCUGGGUAGUUGACUGCUGAAACCAACUUCCUGUGGUAUGUGCAUUUUGGUACAAGUUGAUCUGCCUCAAGUAUGAUUGUAUUGUGCCUUACACAUAUGAAACUUUUGAUAGGAUUAUAGCACAUUUGCAUUACAACCCAGGAUGCAGACAGGGGAUAGUCAGAUAGCUUAGUCCAACACAAUACAUUCUCAUGAAAUACAGCCAAACCAAAAUAUGUGAUAUAAAUUAUGAGUGCAUAAGAUUGAUAAAAGCCCUUUCAGUUUCAUUUAGAUUAGCAGAAAGGAGUUACAUUAAUAAGUUACAGAUAUCAUAUUGAGCAGACACUUCGUUUAUGUAAAACAGUUCACAGUUUUGUCUUUUUUUUUUCAUCAUUGUCUGCACUUUGAAUUUCUUGUUACAGAAGGUUAGAUGUAGAGAAAUAUGCAUAUAAUUAAUUAUAAUUUUUCUCAACUAUAAUAUGAACCAGGGCUAUGUUAAAUCAAUUUACAUACAGUACACUGUGUAAACAGAAGCUCAAAUUAUAUUUCAACUUACGUAUUAGUUAUUAGCUUUUAUUAACCUUUCUUUUAUCAAUGUUGAAGACUAUUAGUGUUAUCUAUCUUUAUGUGCACAAUAGCAAAACCAGAUAUGAAGCUGAAAAUUAAUAUAAUUAGUGGCAUUAAUCUCACGCACUUUCCCUCAUCAAACAAUAGAGUUUAAGGAAGUAUAUUUUUUCACAAGUUUACAUUGUAAGAUACCUUUAUCAUAGUUAUCAAGAAUAUAUAAUUUUAUCAUCAGUUGUGGUGAAGGCUUUACCAGAGUUUAAUUAGAUUUUUUCAUUAGAAUUUAGCAAUUUUUAAUUAGAUUAUGAUUAUUUCAUCACCAGGCAAUAUCAUAUAUAUUACGAUUAUUUAUCCACCUUUUUUGUAUAUCAGUUGCAUUGUAAGGAAUUCAUUACAAUUAUUCACCUCUCUCGUUUCCAAUGUUACAUCAUAAUUGUUUUUCCACUUUUUCUGGGAGUGUUUCCCUCAGUAGAUUGCAGAGCCACCAGGGAGACCUACCAAAAAGAGGCAUUUCAUUAUAAUACAUUCAAUAUUCGAUUUUCCCUGCAUUUCUUACACUCAUCAUUCAUUACUUGAAUCAUUACAUAUUAUUUACGAUGGUUUCACUUAUUAUACAAAAGCCACCAACGAAAUAUAUACUGUAUGUAAUUGAUUUCUAACAGCUUCAUUGUCAUAAUAGUUGAAUCAUUGUGUAUUAUUUAAAAGUGUUUCUCUAUACAACAGCCACCAAUGUCAACUAAUAAUUUAUUAAUAAUAGUUGUAGUAUGUCAUAAUGUAUAAAAAGAUGAGACUUAUUGGGCUAUUUGAAUUUGAUAUUGACUUGGUAACAUAUGUUUAAAACAUUCACCCUUGUUUUUCCAUGUGCUGUAGUCUAUAUAUAUUUUAAUAAUUCUCUUUAUAUGUAAAUUAUGUAUACAAUCAUGGGGCAACAGAAUGUUGGCAAUUGAUUUAUAUUGAUAUAAUUAGUUGAAAUUAAAGCCAAACCCAGUCACAAAAUCCAACAGAUUCAUGGCUUUAUUUUGAAGUCUAUUUUCUAAGCUAUAUAUUGCUUGACAUUCAAGUAUAGUAUUUUGUAGCAACAUUUUUUCUUGAAAAUUUUGACCAAUAGGCAACAAUAUACAAAUAAAUGUUAUAAAUUCUUAUACUCUACACCAGGCAUGUCAAACUGAGGGGUCCCCCGAGGGCCAUAUGGGCCACAUUUGUUUUGUCAUUAGGGCGACACACCACAACUAAUUGAAGUCAGUUAAUAACAAUUAUUGCAGAAUAUUUGUAUUACUUAAACUUAAAAGCAUACAAUAUGCAUAUAAAUGGUUAGCGGCUGACCACAUCCAUAUGCAAAGUACUGUAAUGAAGUACAGUACUGUAGUUUACUAAAAGAUUUUUUUUUUAACAGCAACAUAGACUUCUAUGCAACAGCAACAAAUACAUUGCACAAAAAUUACAAGAAUUAAAAAUUAACAUUUAUUUACAACCACUUGUACUGUAUUUCUAUAAUUUUUAGUGUUUUGUCUUGAGGCUUGACACCUCUUUUUAAUGACAAUUUUUGUCAUUAAAAUUUCUGGCUGAAAUGUCUGUGCAGUUCCCUUUUUGAUCAGAAAUGACAAGUGUUGAUCAGUCAGCCUUGCUCUCUGAGAAGUUUUUGAAAUCUAUUAAAAGGUAAUAGAUCAAGUUAUAAAAAUGGCAAUUUUGGCCAUUAAAUGACCAUAUUACAGUAUCCUUUGUGUGGGUCGCAUGUGUGCUUGCAAAGUGCCGCAUGCAGCCCACGGGCCACAUGUUUGACAUGCCUGCUCUACACAGUAUGUGCAUUUAUUAGUGAUAAAUAUUGUAUUCACUUUCCAAAGUAACAGUAAAUGCUAUUGCAGAUUUAAAUCAUAUUAUUUUAAAUAUUUAUAUGUACUGCAUACAUGUAACUAGAUAUAGAAAACAAAAUAAUAAUUUUAUAGAAUUUCAAUAAGGCUUUGAAAAUGCCAUUUUUAGGUGAACUAUUUUUUAUGAUAGUGUAUACAGUAUUAUAGUACUUGUGUUCCAACUGUCCAUAAUGUAAGUAACAAUUAUGGCUAAUAAACAGUAGUCAUCCAAGUUACACAAGUGCCACAUGCACCAUAAGUGUCAAAUACAGCACGUAUGGUCACUACACACACACACACACACACACAUACACAUAUAAUUAUUACAGUAUGUAUUAUGUAAAUUGACCUUAGCUUCUCAUCCGUAGGGAUAUUGCUGAUGUCAAGUCUUGUAUCUUUUUUGCUCUUGUAUUUUAAUCUUGAAUGAUAUCUAGUACCUUUUGAGUACUCUAAAAUACAGAUGGUGCUAUAUAUCCUUUUGGGCUUGGCAUUUUGCUUAGACCAUUACUGUACUUUCAGAGACAAGGGGUUAUUUAAUUAUAUAAAAAAUGAUAACAACAUUGGAACUAAUCAUUUAAACAAUGGAAGAGAGAGAGAGACAUAUUUUAGGUUCUUGCUAAAUUUAUUAAUGGUAUUUUUAAAUAAAUGAAGUCAAAUGUUUUGAUUUGUUAUGUAUUCAUUUCUUUGUCUAUGUGUGUACUGUAAUAUAAACUUUAGUUAAUAUUAUUUUUAGACACUAAUGGUACUAACUAUGAUGGAGAUAUAUAUUUAAACACAUUUUUUAAUGCACAAUGAAAUCACAAGAACAUGAUAAAUCUAGGAGAGAAUAUUGAAGCCAUACGAUGACAUCAAACCCGUGCCCCUGAACUCCAGUCAGUAGUGCGUGUGCCUGAGGAGUGGAGUUCAGGGAUGGGGGUUCGAUCCCUUACCUCGAUCCCAUCCCGAUCGAUCGAACACUCAUUCGAUGGGGUUCGAUCUCGAUAUUCGCUCACAUUUUUUAAUAAUUGUCACUAAAAUUGGUAGUACUGUAUCCAACAUGACUGAUUAUGACCUGUUAUGCUAAAUGAACCAGAUCAGAUUUUGUUACAUUUUAUACCAUAAAAUUUACUUAAAAAUAACAUGACUUAUGAAGGUUAAUGUUAUAACAGCAUAUUCACAGGUAUGGUAAAUUAAAUUAUGUCUUCCAGAGAGAAGUUUCUGUUGUGUGCGUGUGCAUGUUUGCAGGACAUCAGUAUUAAAUAUUUAAACAAUGUUUUGCAUAUACGGUAUUUCUGAACAUCGCAAAUUGUUAUCUUAAUAGAGUACAGUACGAUAUAUUAAAAGUGAAAUGUAAUGCUGAACUUGGCAACAUUAUUUAUGGUUAUAUGCUUUAAAUUGUUCAAUAAUGUGUAGUCUACUAUUUGGAUGCGGUAGCCAGGGGGGCCAGAAAGCUAGUAGACACUUGCACAACCAAUCCUGUUGUAUCUACAUUCUCAGUUCAUAUGCAGUAAAAGCUCGGUAAUUUGGAUCUCCUAGUAUUGUAAUCUGAAUGAAUUCAUGUGGGCAUUUUUCAUCUUUUAACCUGAAUAGGAAUUCAGGUUGCUGAAAUUUUUGCCGAACAAAAACACUGAAUAAAUUUGAGUUCAUUAUCAUGACCUCUCACCUCGAAUAAAAACCCAGAUUACCAAGAUUUCUACCAAACGAAAACCCUGAUAAAUUAAAAAAAAAAAUCAUAUAUAGACCUUCCUAGUUAAAAAAAAAAAAUUGUCUGGUUAAAAUAACCAGUUAAAAUAACCUGGCUAAAAAUAGCCUGUCUGCGCUCAUAUAAUUUAGAUUAUCAUGUGUAGACAGUAUUGUAUUGGUAAAAAAAAUCUUAAUAAAUUUAUGAUUUUUUAAUGCUUGACCUUAAAAUCUUAUUUCUUUAUAGUACUGUAAUUAGAAUCAAAUGAUUAAAAUAUAUACACUCACUUUUUGCAACAGUGAGCAUAUAUAUUUAUAUAUAUAUUUAUAUAUAACUUUCAUAAAAUGUAAAUGUAAUUCUUAAUAUUUUGUGUACGUUUAAUGAUAUGAGUUGUUUGAUGUUUUUAUAAGGCUGGUAUUUUUUUUACAAGGCAUGCACUUUACUAGUGCAGUACUCCGAAUGUGCUAUUUCACAAUGAUAAUGAAAUAAUGUGUGCAUUAGGGCAAUGGUUCUUGGCCUUUUUACAGUUAGAGACCUCCACUGGAUUACCCAAUAUUUGCCAGGUUGUCGAGAUUAUCACCACCACCACCAUUGGGUACCAGUAGCGCACAAAAAAUAUCAAUAGCUUGAUCGAUCUUUGUUUACAUAUGGAUUGCUAGGAACAGAGCCCCUGAAAGAACAUCAUAAGGAUUUUUUCAUUUAUUUAUUGACAAAUGACAAAUCACAAAUAUACAAGCUAGCUAAAACUAGUGAGAUUUUUUUUUGUGCAAUCAAGCCAUGGAUCGAGGUACAGUUACUGAUGGUAAUAGUUAAUUCUAAUCUAAAAACUGCUUUUUUUAAUUGUUUAGAAAUCUAGUCAUAUACCCCAAUCCAUUUUCUGUUUAGAAACCUAGUCCUAUACAGAGGACUAAGGAUGGAUAUCC